CGUCAGUGACAGUUUUGCUAAUUUGUUUGUUUAUUUUUCGUCAAUGUUUUCUUCAAGAUUUCCAAUUCUCUUGAAAUGUUUCUAGUUACAUUUCUUCUUAUAGUAAAUACCGGCAAAUAAGUAUUUUUAUCAUAACAGUAUAAAAUGGUAAGCUGCGCAGUGUCUAAUUGUAAAAACACAUCUGGGAAAAUCUCUAAGAACAAGGAUGGCAUUACUUUCCACAGAUUUCCCCGAGACAAAGAAAGACGUCGCCAAUGGGAAGUGGCCGUCAACAGAGAGGAGGAAUGGUCGUCCACAGCGUCCAGUGCAGUCUGUUCAGAACAUUUUGAGGCCAAUGACUUCUAUUUGACAGAGAGCGGCCUGCGCAGGCUCUCAGUGGAUGCUGUGCCUUCCAUAAAUAUUUCUCCCUGCCAGGCACCUGAACCCACAAUAUCGAAAUUACAACCAAUAGACGUCACCCCAACAGAUACGGAGGAAGUGAUCAAACUGAAAUACAGAGUGCGCAGGUUAGAAGUGAUCGCUGAGAGUCGCAAGCGGCAGCUCAACCUUAUGUGGCAAAGGAAACGGAGGCUCCGGAAGAAGUUGGAACAGAUGAAGUGUUUAAUCAAACAUUUAAUCAAGAAUAAAAGAGAUAAGGAGAAAAGCUGAUGAUGAAAGAGAAACUUUUGGUGUUAUUUUGAGAAUUUAUUGUGACAAGUGUUUGUAUUUUCUGAACUUUAAGACUGACUACUUAGAGCUAAAUUAUUUUUAUUUUCAAUAUAGUCUGAUAUAUGAAUUGUAUGUCAAUGUAUAUAAAAUAUUAUAUAUUUUAUUUGUGAUUAUCAAUUUCAAUGAAAUUUUGUUCAUCAAUGACUAGUUCCACUUUGAGGAGAGUGUUGCUCAAUAUAUAAAAAUCAUGUGUCACUAAUGCGAAGCUGGGGUGGGUUGUUAGCUAAAUUUAAAACUACAUAACAGUAUUGACAAAGUGGCUGUUGUAUAGUAAAACUAAUUUCUUCUCGUAUAUUGUCAGAUAUCAGGCAAAUGAGUCAUGUAAAUUAUAUUUAUUUAAUUUUAAUUAUUACAUUUAAGCCCAUUAUUUUUAAAUUUUAAAACUUGUAUGAGUGUGUUUUAAAGUAUUUAUAUUAUUUAUUUUUAUAAUAAUUUUCUUAAACAACGAUAAAAUAUUAAAAAUUGUAUGAUUAACACAUGUUUAU